AUGGGUCUUGCCCCCCAGCUGGUUGCCACCUUGCUCUGCCUGCUGGUAUGCCCUGGCAACUCCGUACGUGGGUGCAACAGAGUCUUAGGGGAGAUUGUCCAGACUCUGACCUCGCUCUUAGAAGAAAAGACUCCAUGCACGGAGAUGACUGUGGCACCCAUCCUCACAGAUUCCAAGAGCGCGUCGGACAGCGAGGCCCUGUGCAGGGCCGCGGGGGUGCUCCGGCAGUUCUACCAGCCGCACGGGGCGGCCACCCGGUGCCUGAUCCGCCACCAGCAGUGCCACCUUCUCGCCAGCCUGCGAGGACUCUACAGGACCAUUUCCCGCCUGGCCCCGACGAGAAACUGUCCUGUGAAUGAAUCUACACAGAGGACUCUGAAGAACUUCUUGGAAAACCUAAAAGCGAUCAUGCAAAAGAAAUAUUCACAGUGUGGGAGUGCGAUGUCUUAAUUUAUGACU